UAAAUAAACGCGUCGUGUGGCGGAGCAGCUACCGCGGCGGGGGUUAUUAUUUGGCUAACGUGACACAUUUGUGGACUGUAUGAUGUACCUCUGCGCCUGCAGAGCUUAGAGCAUAUACAGGUGGACGUCGCUGACGGUAGGAGCAGCUGGAAGAGACACAGGGCUGCACGUCUGUACAGACUUUGUUCUGCUCUGUGUCUCCCUGCGGCAGACACAUAUUAUCACGAUGGUGUCGUACAAGCGGCUGAACCCUGAAGAUGUCCAGUUUUCCAGCACAGUUUUGUCAGAAGAGCCUCGUCCUGUUCAAGACGAAGUUCCAGUAUUGGAGCCAGAGGAUGCCUCCUUGCUUCAACGUAGACCUUCAUGCUCUGUCACCACAGGCCUUCUGGUGAUCGGUUGUCUCCUGCUGAUGGUCUGUGGUGCAUGGCUGCUGGGCACUGUGUUCUGGCUGCAGUCUACCAAACAACAGGAGCAUAAACCGCCACCGCCGGCCCCAGGACAGACGCCGGGCUCCAAAGUACAAACAGCAGCAAAUGAUACUGCAGCCGUUUUUCGCAGUGAGGCGUGCAGUCUAAUCCCAGAGGCGUGGAGGUUUGAUUGCUACCCUGAAAGAGGGGUGGUUGUGACCCGGGAGUUGUGUGAGGCACGGAACUGCUGCUUUAUACCUGCACCGACUGCUUCCUCCUCUGCCACCCACCCAUCAGGGAAAAACGGAAUCCCUUGGUGUUUUUAUCCACCAGAUUUCCCUUCGUACUCGCUUGUGUCACUAAAUGACACGCUGCUGGGACAGAAAGGCACGCUGGUGAAGGAGGUGAAGACGUAUUACCCCGGAGACAUCCUCACUGUAGAGGUGGAGAUACGCCAUGAGACAGACCAACGACUGCGUGUCAGGAUGACCGAUCCUUCAGGCUCACGGUUUGAGGUUCCCAUCUCCGUCCCCACUGUCACCAAGAAGGCAGAAAGCCCAGAUUAUAUCAUCGAGCUCUCAAAGCAGCCAUUUGGUCUCGUUGUGAAGAGGCGAUCUACAGGAGCAGUGCUUCUGAACACCACAGUGGCGCCUCUCUUCUAUGCGGAUCAGUUCCUCCAGUUCUCCACUUCCCUACCCACUCAGUUCAUUUAUGGCCUGGGUGAGCAUCGCUCCACCUUCCUGCAUGAUGUCCACUGGAACACGCUCACCAUGUGGGCCAGAGAUGUGCCUCCAACGGAACAGACAAACCUGUAUGGGGCUCAUCCAUUUUACUUGGCAAUGGAGGAUGGAGGGAAUGCACACGGCUUCUUCCUGCUGAACAGCAAUGCAAUGGACGUGGUCCUCCAGCCUGCCCCGGCCCUUACCUGGCGUACUAUUGGUGGAAUCCUUGACUUUUACAUUUUCCUCGGUCCUGAUCCCAGCUCAGUGGUUCAGCAGUAUGUGGAAGUUGUAGGACUCCCGGCGAUGCCCGUCUACUGGGCCUUAGGAUACCAUCUCUGCCGAUGGGGCUACGGCACGAGUAAUUCUACUUGGGAGGUUGUCAAGAGCAUGAGGAAUUAUGGGAUGCCUCAGGAUGUCCAGUGGAAUGACAUCGACUACAUGGACAAAUUUAUGGACUUCACAUUUGAUUCAAAAAAGUUUGACACACUGCCUGACCUGGUCAGGGACCUGCACGCUCAUAACCAGCGCUACGUCAUGAUUCUGGACCCGGGUAUCAGCAGCACACAACCUGAGGGCUCAUACUGGCCAUUCGAUGAAGGUCUAAAGAGAAGAGUUUUUAUUAAAGAUGCCGAAGGGAAAACACUUAUUGGGAAGGUGUGGCCUGGUCUCACAGCAUAUCCAGAUUUCUCUGAUGACGUGACAAACGAAUGGUGGUACGACAACCUGCAGAGCUUUCACGAGAAGGUGCCAUUUGAUGGAUUAUGGAUUGACAUGAAUGAGCCAUCAAACUUCCUGGAUGGAUCAACCAGUGGCUGUCCAUCAAACAGCCUGGAAAACCCUCCUUACACUCCAGGUGUGCUAGGAGGUUUGCUGAGAGCCAAAACCUUGUGUGCCACUGCACAGCAGAAGCAGUCCAUUCAUUAUAAUAUGCACAGUCUAUAUGGACUCAUGGAAGCUAAAGCUUCUGCAAGCGCGCUGAAGCGACUCGUGGCGAAAAGACCUUUUGUGAUCUCCCGCUCCACCUUCCCCAGUCAGGGCAUGUACUCAGGUCACUGGCUGGGAGACAACAGGAGCCAGUGGAAAGACCUUUACACUUCUAUAGCAGGUAUGUUGACCUUCAACCUUUUGGGCAUCCCGCUGGUGGGUGCAGAUGUCUGUGGCUUCAGUGAGGAGACGCAGGAGGAAUUGUGUGUGCGCUGGACGCAGCUGGGAGCUUUCUAUCCCUUCACACGAAACCACAACUCCAUCGGCAUGAAGCCUCAAGACCCGACAGCUUUCAGCCCGCUGGCUCGCACAGCCAUGAAACAGGCUCUGCUGCUGCGCUACUCUCUCUUUCCUGUUCUCUACACUCUCUUCCAUCACGCACAUGUACACGGACACACUGUGGCUCGGCCAAUCAUGUUUGAGUUUCCCAAAGAUGUAAAAGCCUAUGGCAUCGACAAGCAGUUCAUGUGGGGGAAGAGUUUGCUUGUGACGCCAGUGUUGGAUCCUGGAGUCGACUACGUGGAUGGUUACUUCCCAGAGGGUCUGUGGUACGAUUACUACACGGGCGACUGUGUGAGCAGUAAGGGUGAAGAGCUUCGACUCAACGCACCUCUAGAUAAGAUCAACCUGCAUUUGCGCGAGGGCUCCAUCAUACCAACACAGGCGCCCAACCUGACCCUGUGGGUAAGCAGUGGUCAGCCUCUCCACCUCAUCUCAGCUGUGUCUGAAGACGGUUCAGCCAGUGGAGAUCUGUUCUGGGAUGAUGGGGAGAGCAUUGACACCUAUGAGACCAACCAGUACGCCUACAUCGUCUUUAACGUUGCUCAGAACACAAUGACAUCCCAGGUGCUCCAUAACAAUGUUGAGGCGUCAUACAUCACCGUGGAGUCAGCCUCCUUCUAUGGUGUAAAGGAGAAGCCAAGCAAAGUGCUGGUGAACUCCCAGGAUGCACCAUUCACCUACAGGACUAACCAGGUGUUAACAGUUGCUGAUCUGGGUCUCAACCUCAGUCAGAACUUCACUAUCAGCUGGAUGUAAUGGGUGCUGUCUCUGAGAAUAAGAACAGCCUUUUUUUUUUUUUCUUUUCAAUGAUUUUGGCUCUUGACUCAAAGACACUAUGGAUGUGAACGGGGAUGUCAGGUAAUUUACUUCAUUGCUGGCUUUCGCCCUUCAAGCAGGAGCGUUUCACUUGACUCUCUGAACGUGUCCUUGGGAAGAUGCCUGUGUGUCUGCAGUGAGCUUCGCAAUGAACCCACUGGAGUUCAGCAUUUUCACUAUUCAAGUCUCUCUUCAGUGUUUCCACAUCUGUCGGGUGUAGUGCUAGUACACUUUUUGACUUUGAGGGAUUCACUCUUUAAAAAGAAAAGUGUGUCUAGUGUGUUUAAGAGUUUAUAUGCAGUGAUUUGGAGUACAGAGCCAGGGCCAACUGUCCAUCAGUUAAGAGUGAAA